AUGUUGUUUCGAAGAUUUAUAAUAACCCUGCUUAUAUAUAUAACGCAAUUGACUUCGGUCUUUGCACAAGAAGUCACUCAAAAUACCAUUAACAGAGGUGUUAUUACACUCGGUGUCGGUGACGUUGAUAUCGAUAAUGAUGUUUACUGGUCCAUUGUUAAUAAUGCCAUCACUGCUAUUGUUGGUAGUCUUAACGUUGGUACUGGUUCAGGAUUUUAUGUGAGUAGUGUUUCUAAUCUUAUUGGUUUAACUGUUACACUUGUGUCUGGUGGAAUAACUAAUAAUGGUAUUAUUUCAUUUAAUUCAAUUCAAUCCCUUACUAUUUCCGAUUAUGAUCUUACGGCCCUUUCAUUUACAAAUAACGGUCAAUUAUAUUUCGGUUCAAAUGGUGCUCUUGGAAUCCCAACUAUGGCCAUUAUUGCUCCAAUAUUUACUAAUUCAGGGUUAAUGACUUUCUAUCAAACUCAAAGAGGAAGUGGUUAUGUUAAUUUAGGUGCUACUGCUCUUUUGCAAGCUGGUACUAUAACUAAUAAUGGUCAAAUUUGUUUAUAUAAUGAAAUUUAUCAACAAACUACAGCCAUCGCUGGUACUGGUUGUAUUACAGCUGCUCAGGAUUCUUCUAUUUAUCUUAUCAAUCCGUUAUUAGGUGUUAGUUCUACACAAACAUUUUAUUUAGCUGAUACACAAUCUACUAUUCAAGUUGCUGGUCUUAAUACCCCUCAAACAUUUACUGUUUAUGGUUUUGGUAAUGGUAAUAUGAUUGGUUUAACUACACCUUUGGGUUAUCUUGGUUUAGGUACAAAAUAUACUUAUAGUGGAAAUACUUUAACUCUUUAUGCAGGUCCUCUUGAACAAAAUUUCAUUAUUGGUACUGGAUACAUACUGUCACAAUUUUCAGUUGUUACUGAUUCAUCCGCCGGUCUUUCUGGUGCUCUCUUUGGUGCUGUCUCUUAUUCCGGUACAGUUCCUAAUCCUGGUUUACCUGCAGCUUGUCAACCAUGUUAUAGUCAAUUACCUUCUGCUCCUGGUACUUCUGCAUCGGAAUAUACUACAAGUGUUCCAGUUACCAAUUCCGUUGGUGCUGUAUGUACUGCUGUUGAAGAUGUUCUUAUUACAACUGACACAAGUGGAAGUUUCUAUUCUACCACUUCAACUAUUACUCAAAUAUGUCCAUACACCACUUAUACAACCACUUAUACCACUACUGAAUCUGAUGGAUACAUCGCUACUGAUUCUGGUGUUGUGGUUGUUACUACUGAUAGUUCCGGAUCUGUGAGUACUAGUACCUCAUUAUUUCCAACAUCCUCUGAUCCAUUCACCGAGUACACCACCACUUUCACCACCACUGAAUCCGAUGGUUUUGUUGCUACUGAUUCUGGAAUUGUUGUUGUCACCACUGAUUCUGAUGGAGACUUGACUACUAGUACUUCAUUAUUCCCUACUGAAAGUGAUCCAAUCACUGAAUACACCACCACUUUCACUACAACUGAAUCCGAUGGUUUCGUUGCUACUGACUCUGGUGUCGUCGUUGUAACCACUGAUUCUGAUGGUGACUUGACUACUAGUACCUCAUUAUUCCCUACUGAAAGUGAUCCAUUCACUGAAUACACCACCACUUUCACUACUACUGAAUCUGAUGGUUUCGUUGCUACUGACUCUGGUGUCGUCGUUGUCACUACUGAUUCUGAUGGUUCAUUAACCACUAGUACCUCAUUAUUCCCUACUGAAAGUGAUCCAAUCACUGAAUACACCACCACUUUCACCACCACUGAAUCUGAUGGUUUUGUUGCUACUGAUUCUGGAAUUGUUGUUGUCACUACUGAUUCUGAUGGUUCAUUAACCACUAGUACCUCAUUAUUCCCAACCGAAAGUGAUCCAUUCACUGAAUACACCACCACUUUCACCACCACUGAAUCUGAUGGUUUUGUUGCUACUGACUCUGGAAUUGUUGUUGUCACUACUGAUUCUGAUGGUUCAUUAACCACUAGUACCUCAUUAUUCCCAACCGAAAGUGAUCCAUUCACUGAAUACACCACCACUUUCACCACCACUGAAUCUGAUGGUUUUGUUGCUACUGACUCUGGAAUUGUUGUUGUCACUACUGAUUCUGAUGGAGACUUGACUACUAGUACCUCAUUAUUCCCAACCGAAAGUGAUCCAUUCACUGAAUACACCACCACUUUCACCACCACUGAAUCCGAUGGUUUUGUUGCUACUGACUCUGGAAUUGUUGUUGUCACUACUGAUUCUGAUGGAGACUUGACUACUAGUACCUCAUUAUUCCCUACUGAAAGUGAUCCAUUCACUGAAUACACCACCACUUUCACCACCACUGAAUCUGAUGGUUUCGUUGCUACUGAUUCUGGAAUUGUUGUUGUCACUACUGAUUCUGAUGGAGACUUGACUACUAGUACUUCAUUAUUCCCAACCGAAAGUGAUCCAAUCACUGAAUACACCACCACUUUCACCACCACUGAAUCUGAUGGUUUCGUUGCUACUGACUCUGGUGUUGUGGUUGUUACUACUGAUAGUUCCGGCUCUGUUAGUACUAGUACCUCAUUAUUUCCAACAUCCUCUGAUCCAUACACCGAGUACACCACCACUUUCACUACAACUGAAUCCGAUGGUUUCGUUGCUACUGACUCUGGUGUCGUCGUUGUCACCACUGAUUCUGAUGGUGACUUGACUACUAGUACCUCAUUAUUCCCAACCGAAAGCGAUCCAUUCACUGAAUACACCACCACUUUCACUACAACUGAAUCCGAUGGUUUCGUUGCUACUGACUCUGGUGUCGUCGUUGUCACCACUGAUUCUGAUGGAGACUUGACUACUAGUACCUCAUUAUUCCCUACUGAAAGUGAUCCAUUCACUGAAUAUAGUACUACUUUCACUACAACCGAAUCUGAUGGCUCGAUUGAUACCGAUUCCGGAGUUGUUAUUGUUACUACUGACAGCGCAGGUUCAUUGACUACUACGACUUCGUUAGUGACGGCAUCAAGCUUCUCAACUUCCGUUGCUGCAGUUUCUUCAGAUUACUUGACCACAUAUUCUACAACAUUUACUACAACCGAAUCAGAUGGUUUUGUCGCAACUGACUCUGGUGUCGUCGUUGUUACCACCAAUUCUGAUGGUUCAUUGACUACUAGUACUUCAUUAUUCCCUACUUCCAGCGAUCCAUUCACUGAAUACACUACGACCUUCACUACUACUGAAUCUGAUGGUUUCGUUGCUACUGAUUCUGGUGUCGUAGUUGUCACCACUGAUUCUGAUGGAGAUUUGACUACUAGUACUUCAUUAUUUCCUACUGAAAGUGAUCCAUUCACUGACUACACUACUACAUUUACCACUACCGAGUCUGACGGAUCUGUUGAAACUGAUUCUGGUGUUGUUGUCGUUACCACUGAUAGCGAUGGAGAUUUAACUACCAGCACCUCCUUAUAUCCAACUUCUGCUCCAGAAUCUAGUAGUACUUCAACUAUUGAUUUAAGAAUUUCAUCAUCUGGAGGUUCUUCUUCAUUCUCAUCGGUGAUUUAUUUCAAUAGUUCUAGUUCAAUUGCUGGUACCUUCACUGAAUAUACCACCACGUUUACUACCACCGAAUCCGAUGGUUCAGUUGAUACCGAUUCUGGUGUGGUUAUUGUGACUUCUAAUUCUGAUGGUAAUAUAUAUACCACAACUUCUUUGUAUCCUACAUCAGUAACUUCAAGUCCUUCAACUGAAUCUAGCUCUGGUCCUUCAACUGAAUCCACUUUAGGUUCUUCAACUGUAUCAAGUUCUGGUUCUUCAACUUCAUCAUCUGUGUCUUCUUCUGUACCAAGCUUCAUUUUUACUGCUAUUGAUUCUAUUGAUUUUGAUCAAACUGCAUCCAUUGUAUCUGCCCUUCCUUUAGCACCAUUAUGGACUGCUACUGUUGCAUGGCAAAUGACUACUGGUCACACUGAAGGUUUCAACUUUUCAUUAACAUUACCAGAUGUGUUUGGAGUUUAUAACACCAACUAUGGUAAUACCAAGCGUGAUGCCGUUGCUGCUAUAUAUCUUGAAGCUGAUGGUGUCAAGUAUGCCGAAUGUACCAGUAUCUCUGGUUCAUUAUAUGAUAUCAAUUCUUCAUUACAAUGUACAAUCUUAGAAGUUGCCACGUCUUUUACUACUGGUAGUAUUGAAAUUCCACUUAUAUUUAAUGUUGGUGGUUCUUCAAGUGCUGUUGAUAUUGCUGCUGCAAAUAUUUUAAGCGCUGGAACACAAACCAUUUCAUUUACUACUGGUGACAAUAGAGUUCUUCUGUAUGAUGUCAACUUUGAUGCAGGAUCACCAUCUCCAGAUGAUCCUCAAGACAUCGUAUUUGCUGUUAGAGCUUUAGAAUGGGAUGACGAGAAUGCCUAUUAUCUUCUUGGUGGAAGCUGUCCAACCGAGUAUGGUUUUGGUAAACUUACUUUAACAAUCGGUGAAGGUACUCUUGACUGUGCAACAUGGGAAGCUCGUAUUACAAACCAACUUAAUGAUUGGUAUCUCCCUCAAUCCUCCCAAAACUUUGGAUCAUUAAGUUUAGAAAGUUGCAGUGGUAAUCAAAUUGUUGUUAACUAUGCCAAUGUUCCAGCUGGUUAUAGAGUAUUCUUAGAUAUUCUUGGACAACCUGAUGGAUAUAAUCUCGGUGCUACCUAUAGUGAUGUUCAUAGUUGUGGUCCUGCUAUAUCAGGUGGAAGUUCUAGUACUUUUGUCAGUACCAAUUCAGCUGGUGAAACUGUUACUGGUACAGCAGUUGUUAUUGUUACUUCUGAUGUUACUGUUACUGUUACUGAACCAUGUAGUCAAUAUGGAACCACAUAUGUCACAACACUUCCAAAUGGACAAUCUACUACUGAAUCAGGAGAAGUUAUUGUUACUACUAAUAAUGAAGGAAGUCUUUACACUAGUACUGCCUUAUAUGGUACACCAACUGUUUACACUACAACUGUUAUAACCACUGAUACAGUGGGAGUUCCAUGUACUCAAACUGCUGCUGUGAUUAUUUCAAGUUCUAAUGGUUCAAUAUACACUACUACCUCCGUUAUUGGGGGUGGUGCCACUGGUGCAGGUGAAACUACAGCUCCAACUACUGCUGCUGCUCCAACAACUGCUGCUGCUGCUCAAACUACUGUGGUAACUACCACUACUGGAGGUGCUCCAGUUGGUCAAACCACUGCUACUCCAGCUGGACCAGUUGGUACUAAUACCGUUGCGCCUGCUGGACCUGCUGGAACUACUACUACUGCUCCUGCUGGAACUGUUACCGCUGUUCAACAAGCUGCAUCCACCAGUUCUUCAACUAUUCCAUCUGUUCCAACCACACCACCAUCCUUCAAUUCUGCUUCAAGUAAACUGAUAAGUAGAGCCAUGUUGAUUGCUCCAAUCUUAAGUGUCUUGAUGACUUUGAUUUUCAUUUGA